CUGACAUAGUUCAGCCGCUUCUUUCGCGACGGUCUAGUCACGAAGUAGCGAAGCACCCGGGGGGAAUGUGAUAAGUUAGGGACAGAUGUCGUAAUCAAUAACUAAUUAAAAUUCAAUGUUAGGUUUUUUUCGCUUAUACAAUUCACCAAAAUGGAGCUUUUACCAUUUGUGGAUAUUUUGAAAGUGUUUAAUAAUCCGAUCAAUGAAGAGCAAGCCUGGGCUGUGUGUUACCAAUGUGCCCUUUUUUUGUCUCGAAAUACACCACAACAACAGGAGUAUUUUCAGGAUAUUUAUGAUUCAGGGAUUCAUAGCAUAUGGCUCAGUAGACAUGGUGAUGUAUUUCUUAGAAAGGGACCCACAGAUCCAAAUGGUUCUGGUAAAGGACCACCCAGCUAUCAGAACCAGCCUCACAUCACAUCGCCAAGCUCGUCCUAUGCUGUUUGCAAGAAGAGAGGUCGUGUUAUUGCUACUGAGACUGAUGCUGUCCAGGCUCUGGGUACCAGCAUCUUUGAAGCUCUGGACUACGGCAUCGACCCAGCAGAUGAGAGGCAGCUGAGCCACGAGCUGGAGUCCCUGAUUGCCACCAUGACCAAUGCUGACACGUCACUCGAGUCUCAGAACGCUGACGAUGAGGGGAUAGAGAAGGAUGCUGAUCUGGACCAUAGGUGCUCCAUACAGGACGUACUACAGAUCUGCAAGCGCCACCUAUCCAGCAAACAGGAUGCGCAGCACCAUUACAAAGCUGUGUGUCGUGCGCUGGCCACUGAAGCUGGGGAGCUCUUCACUUUCCUGGAGAAGAUUUCCACCCACAAAGAGAGACUCACAGAAGAUCAAAAUGAAGAUACCAUGAGGCUAGAUGAGUUACAGCGAGCUGAUUGGGCUUGCCUGUGGGUACAGGUCACCAGAUCCCUGCGGCAGGGGGUGCGCCUGAAGAAGGUGGAGCACGUCAAUCUACAGCCCCUGGAGUACGAGCUCACCCCAUUUGAGAUGUUGCUUGAGGACAUACGGUCUCGCAGAUACACCCUCAAUAAAAUUACGACAAACAAUGGUGAGCUGCCACACAAGGUGAAGAAUGAUGCUCAUGCCUUCAUACUGGACUUCAUCAGGUCAAGGCCACCUUUGAAAAAGGUUGAUGAGCGCAAGUUGAACCCUAAACCCCCAUCUCCACCUGACCCCUAUGAAAACCUGCUCAAGGAGAUUAGGGCAAGGCCUAAGCUAAAGCCUGUCAAAGGUGGAAAGUUGUUAGUUGAAACCAGUGGCUCCAUUCUCAACGAUGACCUGGAACACCCAGUCAAGCGUGUCAUCAAACCAGAUCUAAACCUCUUGAAGGAUAACAGUUUUGAGGAAUCUUCCGAUGAUGAUGAGAGCAGCCGUUGUUCAUUGACUGGAUCCCUGCCCCAGCUGUCACCCACCAUGACACCUCCCAUCUCUUGGCAAAGAGCAGUUACCAAGGAUGUGCUGCUGAGGGACUCAAGCAAUGCUCGCCCCAACAGACUUCAGAGGAGGCACACAAUCAUGGUGUGCGAGUCGGCCCUGGAAGGAAAGGUAUCCCUGCAAGAGCUACCUCCCCUCGAGGAGGAGGAGGAGCCGUCGCCAGUCCGAGAGAGCCAUUUCUCUCACGAUUUUUCUUUGCAUGGCCAACUAACUAGAACUUGUGUGUCAGAGCAUGACCUGACCUCCCAGCGGAAUUCCCGUAAGUCUUCCUUAGAGCACAGGCGGUCGUUGACCUCUCUGCCCACUGGACUCAGCGUCAUACCUGAGGAUGUCGGGCCAGAGUCCCCGCCUAAACAACUCCCCUCCAGGAAGAAGUCUUGGAGUCAAGAGCAUGCUCCUCCCCCAAACCCAUCGCCCCCUUGUAAAGGACGUGCGCGCUCCGCCAUGGGCAGACAAAUCUCUCACUCUCCGCUUAUUUCUAGUGCAUGUUUGACAUCAACGAGCAUGUCCGUGCCUGUUUUUAACCCUCACCCUAUCCGACAAGACAAGUCGCAGUCUGCGUUGGACGUGGGCGCGUCCAGCCAGUCGCCGCACUACAGCCCUAUGGCCAACCAAUCAAAAGUAAGCCAAGCAGCCAGGUGGAGACAACCCCGGGCCAGGGAAGAUCGACUGGCUAGUAAAAAACAGGUUAACCCUAUCCCGGAUGAAAUAGCCCAGCCGAUCCCUGAAACGGAGGAGGAUGUUUUAUACCGUCGGCUUUCCCUGGAUAGCCAAGCCAGUAUCUACACAACGCCUAAAGGUGUGCUGACUCGACCAACCAGAUCCUCGUUGGACGAAGAAAGGAUAUCCAGGUGGAGGACGCUGCAAGAGGAGGAACUGUCCUCCAGGAAAAGCAACUCCACACAGAAACAAUCCACAGACUCGGAAGACGCGCUGCAGCUCAGGCUGAAGGCGGAGGAAGCCAGGCUUGACAGGUGGCGCACCCUGGAACAACCCGGUUGGAGCCGGGAAAAGACAAAACUCAGAAUGGAUGUAGGUGAGCCCGAGCCGGCAAAUAAGAAAGAAACUCCGAGCACGCAAUCUCUGAAAAAAAUACCAGUCCUUCACGAUCCAAAGAAACACAGCAACAUCACCCUCCCUAAAGAUUGGCAGAACCCUGUAGAGUGCUUGAGUCUGACUUUGGAAGAAGUGACCCAUAUAAGGGAGGUUUUAACAAAAGCAGAACUGGAAUCUCUCAUCUCUCAUCCAGAAUUGUACCAACAAGUCUCUAAAAAUAAAUUGUGUUUUACGUGCAAGACAAGUCGGUUUACAUUGUUUGGUGAAUGGGGGACGAAAUGUAAACUUUGUAAAAGGACUGUCUGUUCCAAGUGUGUGAGAAAGAUGAAUAUUCCAACAGAUCACUUCAGAAACAUACCUGUAUAUACACUAAGCCCAGCUCCACUUUCUCUAGAAACUGAAGAGUUUAUUCAGAACAUGAUCAGAAAUCCUCCACCCUGCUCAGUUCCGCCAACAAGGGAUACCAGCCCAAGCAGAAAACACAUCAUUCCCUCCUUGGACGACCAUCACAGCCAGGAUCCCAAAUCUGAAACCUGCCUAGCCCAGUUUGAUGUGACAAACAUUCGAACAAUUGAAAGGUCCCAGUCUGUGCUCGUACCUGGCCACAAAUCGACCAAAACCACAAUGAAAGGCCCCCUGAUGGCCAUCUGCUGUGACUGUAAGGGUAUGGUGACAGAGAUCAUCAGGGCGUCGAGAUCGUCUCUGGCCAAGUUGUCUGCAUCACAUACCUCUGCGGGAAACUGCAAGCCCAAGUCAGGCCUCUAAACCACAUUCCAUACCUGGAACACAUCACACAUACAACCAGCAUACAUACUAGUAGUACUUCUCGCCUAUGCUGGUUUGUUUUCAAUGGAUUUGUCUCCAGUAAUCAAUUUAACUAAUGGUAAAUACAUGGUUACACCUGAACUAUGAGCAACUAAAUUGUUUGUGAAACGACCUGUCAUCUAAAUUUCAUCAAGUGGACUCCACACAGUGGCGACGCAUCUCAUACUUCCCGCAUUGUGUCUGAUCCUCAAAACAACGCACUAUAUAAGUAUAUAAACCAUUCCUUCACAUCUGAAAUGACAUACAAAGUCUGAACAUUCCUUCUCCACGUCUGAACCUCACAAUGACAAACAAUAAACGUACCUCCCCACAAGGGAGUAUAAAUUCCACGUACACAUCCUAAGUACAUCACAGAAAUCAUGUUGUAAAUGUUCCAUUCUUUCAAUUAUUUUAAUCAAGGGAGACAACUGUCUUUUACAGUGUAGUUUAUUUUUAACUAGCUCAACUGUAAAGUGUAAUGGGAUGUGAGCAACUCCUGUUUGAAGGUUUUAAUCAUCGAUUCCAAUUUAACACUGCAUCAUUUGUGCAUAAUUGAGUGAUUGCCUCGAGCAAUUAUAUGUGAAAUGAAAAAGUAGAAUACUCGAAGGUAUUAAUGUUAGUAUUAUGCCAUCAGGACCAAUAUUUUAAUGUUUUCGUAUUUUAUCUCAUUAGUAUCAGCAAUAAUUUGUUCCGAUUUUUAUUUCUACUUCCAGAUUUCUAUUCCUAUAUAACUUAUUUUGAGCACGGGUGAUAUGCAUUUAUCUAGAGAAACUGAAAUUAUUUUUAACAUUUAUCAUGUUGUGAAUAAUUUAUACAUGACCAGCUAGUGAAUAAUGAGUGAAAAAAGGAAUGAAUGUUUGACAUUCCAACUACAAGCAUUCUUUUACAUCAGACCAUCUGUAUAUUUUAAAUGAGGUAUGAUCAAUUCAUUUUGAUGUUACCUUUUCCUUAACUGAGAUUUGUAUUGAUAUAUGCCAUCUAAUUCUAAUGUGCUACAUUACAGUGAAAAUGUGCUACCUCCCUGUGGUAUUACUACGUAAUGUACUAUGUAAAGUAAUUUAUAAACUCCUAGUGUUACUACACAAAGUAUAAGUAAUUUAAUAGGAUAUACAGAUGGUCACCUUGAUAUUUUACCUUCCCCCCCCCCUUUCCUAGUUAAGUAUUGUACAGAUGUUUCAUACUGUUGUUUCCAUUCCAAUAUGUAGUCUUUGUGGCUGUUAACUAACAGGGCUGUUGAGUUCAAUCUGUUGCAUGUGUAAGUCUUUAGUACUUGUGUGCUGUUUCGUGUAGGUUUUGGUAUUUAAAUAAGCAAGUAAAUUUAUUUUAAUUUUUUUAGAAAUGAAGAAUUAAAUGUCUAAUUUUGCAUGGAUAUAUAUCUAUAAGUAUGUGUGGAUUGUAUAUCAUUCACAUGCAGCCAUGUUUUUUUUUAAUUUGAAGUAAUUUGGUAAAUGUUAGAUGAAACAUCUCUUACUAGAUUUAACUUGGUUUUAAUUUGCUUGCUACUCUCCAGCUGUGUGUGGGUGCCAUGUGUACAAGUUGUCCAUGAAAAUAUUUUGUUGAGCAUUGUUUGUACCAGUUGGUUGUGUCCUGUGCCUUGAUGGGCACCAACCUAUCGCUAUCUACCUGGCUGUACUUCAGUGAAGUAGAUGGUUAGAAUUUGUUGUGUAAUUAGUUGUUGACUAAUUGUAAUAAAGAUCAUGUAGCCCAAA